AUGUACAAGUUUCUCCCCUUCACGCUUCUGGCGUAUGGCGCCGCUGCAGCCCAAGAAAGCCCUACUAUCAUUGAGACGACAAUCGCCGACAACUUCCCAACCGACUCCGCCAUCUCGUCGACCAUCAUCGCCGACCCUAGCUCCGCAUUCCUGCCCGAGCCCUCGACCGAAUCUACCAUCAUCGCUGAUCCAAGCUCGGCCUUUGAUCCCGAAACCCCUACUGGAUCUGACACCUGGGGCGACCCGACUCUCACCCCCUGUCCGUCCGACCCUUCUACCAACAUCCAGCAUUGUUCACCCCAGUUUCCCGCCCUGGCACACCCCUCACCCAACCCCAAUUGGCGGCUGGACUACAUCAACUAG